CUGUGGUCAUAACAUUGUGCUGGAUUAUGGUGUCAUUUGGAUACACUGAAGGGAUCCAACAAGACAUAUUCUCUUUUGCUUCAGGAGAUGUUGUGCUGGGACAUAAAAAUCAGUGAAACUUCCUCUUAAACUACAGCAGGUGAAAGAGCAGCUGAGAAGAAAGGAUAAGACCUUUUACAUUCUGGAUUUAUUUCUGACUGCAUCAUCAUGUUUCUGAUUUCAUCGCAUCUGCUGUUGUUCUUAUCACUCCUGGCUCAAUCCAGAGCACAAACAACAAUGUUUCUAGACACUACAGACACCACCACUGUAGACCCUGCUACAACCUCAGAGACCACCACAGAAAUCCCCACCACAACCCCAGAGACCACCACUGAAACCACCACUGUAGACACAUCUACAAUUUCAGAGACCACCCCAGAGACCACCACUGAAACCACCACUGUAGACACCACUACAAUUCCAGAGACCACCCCAGAGACCACCACAGAAGAGAGCACAACCACCACAGAAACCACUACAGAAGAGAGCACUACCACCACAGAAACCACUACAGAAGAGAGCACUACCACCACAGAAACCACUACUGAGGAAAGCACCACCAUUGCAUCAACAACUGCUUGGACAGCCCCAGCAAUAUUCUAUCCAUUCGGCUCAGCAGCAGGAGACACUGGACAUCUUGAACGUGGCGAUGAUUCCUUUCAACAUGUGGAUUUCUCUACUCCAUUUACAUACUUUACCCGCAAUUACAGCAGCAUUUAUGUCAAUAAUAAUGGACUCCUUACGUUCAACCAACCUUUACGAGAAUCUCACCCUGUACCCUUUCCCUCAUAUGGAAAUGAAGAUUACAUUGCUGCGCUCUGGACCGAGCUUGAUGACAUUGGUUAUGGCUAUUACUGGUUUCAUGAGUACACAAGUGGAAGUGUGCUAGACCGGGCCACUAAGGAUAUAAACCAAUAUUUCCCAAAAAGGGGCUUCACUGCUUCUUGGGUCUUUGUUGUCACAUGGGACUAUAUGUUUUCAACAGAUUGGUAUACACUUAAUAAUCACUUAGGACCGGCAAUCACAGUUCAAGCAGUUUUAAUUUCCGGAGGUGGUUUUUCAUUCCUUCUGUUGAAUUACGGUGACUGUGCUGGUAUAUAUUUUCCAGUGGAGGCUGGAUAUGAUACCAUUGGCUCCACUGACUACCAUGUCAUUCAUUAUGAUUACCCUACUGGCUACUUAAUCCCAAACCUCAAGGACACCACUAAUGUAAAUGUUCCUGGUCGUUGGGCCUUUCUUGUGAACAACGGGACAGAAAACGUCAUAGGACUUCAAAUGAAGCUUAGGUCAUACUUAGACCUAACACAGUCUCAAAACAAGGAGGUUGUGUUGCAGCUGAUAAAAGAGGAGCUGGUCAGUCAAGGACUAUUAAGUUCAGUUGGGCUGAAAAUGAGAAAAGUUGAAAGGAUAUGGCCGUAAUACAAGAAAAGGAUAUAAAACUCCUUAAAAAGUUGUUUCUAUUAAAGAUGUAUGCAGCAACAUUAAGGGAAAUGUCACUACACAACAGCAAAAUUUCUUUAAAUUCUCAACCUUCUCAUAAAUGAUCAACACACAAGUAUAAAUGAGUACAUGAAAUGAAUCCUCUUCAUUGAUCCUCUUUUUUCUACUAUCAAAUACUGUGAACGAAUACAAGUUUCAGGGAAGUGAACAAAUCAAUGUAUAAUAUGUGAACAAUGUAAUUAAACCUGUUCUUCACCA